GAAGAAGUCAAGCAAGUCAGUUGUUCACUGAGUCAGCAGCCAAGCUUUCUUGACUUUCCAGGGACCAUCUCUUGGUUUUUCUUCCCUUUCCUUUUACUUUCACUUAUUACUCCAUCGCAACCUCGGAAUCUCGGAAAGCAGACCGAGCUUGAAUGAUGUCAAUGACUAACAAGAUUUCCCCAUCAUGCGACAAAAUUUGCUGGCAUUUUUUGCCGGGUUGAAUUGUCCCUCGCAACAGUCAUUUCCAAACAAGCUUCAUCGGCCACACCCUGCAGCAUCAUGACGCCUCUUGGAUCUGCGAUCACCAGCGCUGUUCGCCAGCCUUACCGCCUUUUCCGACCGGCUGUCAUCCUGACGCGCUGCUCCAGCACCACCACCAGUGCUACCACUACCAAACCUAGCAAUGCCAGCUUAAAACUCCACAAUGCCACCCCCUCUGAUGCUUCUCAAGUGACUGACGUCUUGCUCCAUUCCUUCUCGGACGCCUUCAACCGUCGCCUGUUCCCUCCGACCGAUGAUGUGCGUACUUGGUUGACUCAAAAAUUCACCCAGGACAUCAAGGAUGCAGGAAACCCCUCUUCCGGCAGCACAAUCCUGAAGAUCGUGGAUGAGAGUCAAAGAGACCCAGUGAUUGCUGCCUUCGCCAUGUGGAAGUUUUAUUCCGGCGAACAGCAGCAACCGGAGCCGCCCACAAAAGACCAGCAGAGUCUCUCGCAAAAAUGGCCCGAAAGCGCCGAUCAGGAAUUAUGUGAGGAUUUCUUCGGGAUCAUGGACCAGGAGCGAUGGGAGGUGAUGGGGGACAAGAAGUUUUUAUACCUCGACAUACUCGCUACCCACCCCAACUACCACAGACGAGGACUAGGGUCGCAACUACUGCGAUGGGGGCUAAAGCAGGCGGACGAGGCUGGGGUGGAAACCUUCCUGGCCUCGACACCUCAGGGGAGACGGUUGUAUGAGAAGCAUGGAUUUGAAGUGGUGAGGGAGUACGAGGUGGCCGAUGGACAUGUUCAGGCGUCGAUGGUGCGGUCUGUGCCUGAAUGAACUGGCAGACUGGAGGAACUGUGGGAUUUGUAAUACAUAUAGAAGCGAGGGGGGGGGCCCCCAGGAGGAAUACCUUAGGCAGGCAGUGUAAGAAUAGUAAGUAAUUAGGAGAAGCAGAGCGAGAAAACCGAAAAUAAUCCACGGAUCGUCGGC